AUGGAUCCGUCAAGGAGAAGCGGCGGCGAUUGGCAGGGGAUGGUAAACGAGUUCUUGAUUUGUAAACGGAAGUUGGAGAGCAAGAAAGAAGCUCUGCUGAUCCUAUCCAAGGAGCUGGACACAUGCCAACAGGAGAGGGAUCAGUACAAGCUGAUGGCAAACCAGCUUCGCGAGCGGCACCAGGGUCUAAAAAAGAAAUAUCGAGAGCUCAUUGAUGGAGAUCUAUCGCUGCCUCCUGAAAAACGAAACCAAGUGAAUUUGGCUCAACUACUGAGGGACUCGAGGGAAAAAAGCCAGCGUCUCUCUGAUGAGGUGAAGGAGGUGAAACAGCGACUGAUCGAAGCUCAGGGUGACAACAAGCUCUUACGUAUGACCAUAACCAAACAAAGACUUGGAGACGACGAGGUAGGGGCUCGUCAUUUCCCAGCGCACGAGCGAGAGGACCUGGUCAGACAGUUGGAAAGAGCCAGAGAGCAGAAUGAGGUACUGGAAAACAACGUAAAGUCUCUAACCGACGAGCUUCAGGAUGUACGAGCUGAGCGUGACGUUUUCCAGCAAAAGGCUCAUCGUCUCAAUGUGGAAAUGAACCACAUUGUUGGGAAUGAUGAUGUUCGGAUUCUGGAUAUAGAUGCACUCUGCAUGGAGAACAGGUAUUUGCAUGAUCGGCUUUGUCAACUUCAGGAGGAGGUGACCUUACUCAAGACAAAUUUGGGGAAAUACAAGAGUGCACUGGAAUCCAGGAAAAAUAGCAAAGUUUGUGGAAAGCCAAACAGCAGUGCGCUAACUGGGGUGCUGUCAGCCAAGCAAGUGAAAGAACUACUUUGUGAUGAUAGCGGGUGCACGCUUCCCGUCACCGCCCAGUCAAUCUCGGACCUCAAGUCUCUGGCCACCGCUCUGCUGGAAACCAUCCACGAGAAGAACAUGUUGAUUCAGCACCAGCGACAAAUUAACAAGGUUCUUGGGACUCGUGUCUCAGAAUUGGAGAAGAAGCUGAAAACAUUGGAGACGUCAGGGUUGUGGAACCUGCCAGGCCUAACUUAUCAAAUUUCUGUGGGCAUAAAUGGAAAAUUUAAAGAUUCCAACAUUUGCAGCGCCCUACCAUCAGCCACAGCAGGAGAGCCGGAACUGAGUUCUUCAGAACAGCCAAUACAAGAGACUGAAACUCAAGCAGAACUGCCGCCCUCGUCGCCCCCUUCAGCAGAGGAAGAAUCAUCUCGCCCUGAAUUAAAUUUGCCAAGCAGCAAUGAGCUUCAUGAAAAUGACCAGUCAAAUGAUGACGAAGAAGCAGGUGGUGAGCUCUCCUCUUCAGUAGACGUGAAUACACCCCUGCUGUCAAACACCUCGGAGCGACCGUGCGUGACAUCCAACCUCAAAAGAGACAAUCAAGACGAAGGCAGUGUUGAGAGUGCCGAAACGGAAUGCAUCAUAAUAGAGGAACACGUCAAUAUUUCAGCACAUGCAGCCACAUCAUUACCAUUUGAAAAAGAGCAGGACAGUCGGCAAGAUGAAGAGCUUCCGAUAGGGACAAACGAUUUUGUGUGUUCGGUUUGA